AUGUCUCCAGGGGGCAGUCUCGCGCUCUUAAUCUUGGGAAUUUUAGCCUUUGUCGGUCUCAUCUACUGGUUCCUCAAAUCCAAAAUCAACAAGUUUGUCGAAGCCUUGCUCGCCUACAAGCGCAAGAUUACCGAUGUCGAACAAGCUGCGGAAAACUCUACCACACGAACACCAACAGCUGAUCGCGAAACACACUUUGGUUACGAGACGGUCACCGAGAGCGAGAAACAAGAUCGAGUGGCCGGUGUCUUCUCCAGCGUUGCCGAGUCAUAUGACAAGAUGAACGAUUUCAUGUCCCUAGGUAUUCAUAGACUUUGGAAAGACCAUUUCGUCUCCUCUCUCAACCCAGGAGCAACCACACCUCUCGGUCAACCCCAAAGAGUCCUCGACGUAGCCGGCGGCACGGGCGACAUCGCCUUCCGCAUCCUUCACCACUCCCACAUUCACAACGGCAACCCCAACAUCCACAUCACCAUAUCCGAUAUCAACCCCGACAUGCUUGCCGUUGGUAAACAGCGCUCCCUCGACCUCCCAGCCUCUUACCAGUCGAACCUGUCCUUCCUGGAGGCCAACGCCGAGGUGCUCCCCUCUCAGAUCAAAGACAACUCCCUCGACCUGUACACCGUUUCCUUUGGCAUCAGAAACUUCUCCAACAUCCCUGCCGCAUUGAGGGAGGCUCACCGCGUCCUGAAACCCGGCGGUGUAUUUGCCUGUUUGGAAUUCUCCAAAGUAGACCAAUACCCGCUGCUCAACGCCAUCUAUAAGAGGUGGUCCUUCAGUGCAAUCCCCCUGAUUGGUCAAUUAGUCGCAGCGGAUAGAGACAGUUAUCAGUAUCUCGUGGAAAGUAUAGAGAGGUUUCCUAGCCAGGAAGCCUUUAGGGAUAUGAUUGUUGAUGCGGGGUUCGAAGUUUCGGGAGAUGGGUACGAAAACUUGACUGGUGGAAUUGCGGCUAUUCACAAGGGGAUUAAGCCGCUGUAA